AUGUUGAUCAGAAAGACUCACUUAUUAAAAGAUAAGAGCUAUUUGAUAUCUGUUGAGAGAUUUUUCAAAGCUUUAGAUGAAAUUAUUGAUGCUGAAGAUCAGGAUAAUGAUGGUAUUAAGGCAGUAUUGUUUCCAGUAGCAAUGUUCUUGUUCCUACUUACAGAAGCAAAGACCUUCAAUUACAUUGAUAUUUUAAUUAACUUUAUUCCUAGUAAAGGCUUGUCAAUUGAUGGGAAGUUUGCUGAACCUUUGUUGGGUCUUGGCUUUAGCGCCGAAGUAUACAAUUGGAAGAUUUUUCAACUAUUGUCCUGCAUUGUGAAAGUUGAUAGAGGCACUCGAGUAGUCUUACUAAGUUUAUUCAGGUCAACAUACUAUGAAAGGCUAGGCCAUAAAAUUAUAGAUGGUAAGGAUUUUUCUGAAGUUAUCUACAUCAUUAUUUUAGUUUCAGUUAUGUUUCCUGCGAGGAAAUUCUCCACUGGAAAGCCCUUCAUCUCUAAAUUAUGGCCACCUUCGAAGAUUAGACUUUGUUAUUACCAGAAUUUCCCUUAUGAUGCUUCUCAAGGAUCUUGUAGCAUUAUUGAAUAUCUUCUGGAAAUUAGCAAGCCCUCCAUUUUUGCAAAAUUUAACAAUUUGUACGAACUCAAGUACAUACACACUGACUUUGUUAAAUUUGAUAAUUCUGGAAAAAUGAAGUUGUUUUGUACUAUUUAUUUUGAUCAACUAUUGUUUUGGAUUUUUGCAGAUGAUAAUGCAGUUGUUAAUGAUGGUUAUUUUAGUCCGAUCCAGAUUGAUUUGGAUUCUGUUUACAAUAUCAAUUAUAUUGAUGAGCAGGCUUUAGAAAUUGAGGGAACUUUUGGCCAUUUAUUGACUGUUUCCAAUUUAUCGAUAUUCUUUGACGAGAAUAUCAUAAAGAAAGGUGCGAAAUUUUCUGUUUCAUUGGAACCUUGUGCGAAUUCUUCACUUAUUGAAUUAUUAUCUGAUAUUAGAUAUUAUGAGAGCUACCUGAAGGAGAUGCCAACCAACGAGUCGAAAGUUUUCACAGCUAUUUCUCCGAUUAUCUUGGAUAAGUUUGCCAAUUGCACUGAAGAGUAUGAAGGUAGCUCCUCUAAGCACAGUAAAAGAUCUAGCGAAUCAUCUUUCUCCAUUCAUCUCAUCGAAAACGAUACUUCUACUCUGAAUACAAUGAAUAAGACCACCAUCACUGAUGCUACUUCUGUUGCUGCUCCAAUUGAUAAGGCAGUUCAGGAAUCAAUGACGCCUGUAACUGGUAUUUUGCAUUCUAAGUCUGUUCAUAAAAGCAAUUUUUUACUGCAAAAGAAAGUCUCUGAAAUUCCAAUUAUUCAAAUUCCUGCCUCUCCUGAACCAUCUGUUACUUCCUCUAUUUCCAAAGAGAGUAGAGCCAAAAUCAAACUUUCUAAUGGAAAGAAGCGCCGGUCUACUCUUUUCAGCAAGGUCAUGAAGAAAGACCGCGGUAAAAUAGCUGAAAGGAAGAAAAAUACCGCAGAGGAUUUUUGGGAGUUAAGCUCUGAUGAUUCUCAAGUGGAUAUUGCUAUUGUUGAUCCAAAAAGUGACGGUAGUACGAUACAGAAAUCUAAACCCAAGGUAAUCGAAAUUGCACAUUCUUCACCAGUACCUCCAAUUAUUAAGAAGCCUAAUCUCAUAACAAAAAAACUAAAAAGUAUCGAUGAAGAAAACAAAAGUGAAAAUACUGUUGAAAGAUUUGGCGACGAAACCGAAACAACGGUAAUUUCAUACAUUACUAAUUCCCCAAUCAUUGCAGCUAAGACACGACGCUAUGCGAAAAGCAAAGUGUCUAAGUACAUUGUUGCUAAACCUCAAAGAUCCCAAGGGAAAAGAAAAGUAAUUGAACAAGAAAGUUCUAGCCCGAUCAUUUCUCAGCGAUUGGCGAAAGCAGUUCCAGCAGCUCAUGAGGCAAUUGUACCAAAAUUGGGAUUAUCGAAAAGAUUGAGCCCAAUGAGAAGACAUAAGUCAUUUUAUAUUUCUAAUGUGGAAAGUAGUCAUCAGGAUGUUCAUAAAUCUAAACCCAAUGCUGUCUCAUCCCAAAACAAUAAGCUUGAGCUUAGGAGUGGUGAACUAAGCAUGGUUAUGGACGACGACGAUACUGAUGAGUCUUUUCGGGAAUUAGCAAUUGAUUAUUCUAUUAAGGACCCUCCUGCUCAACCUGAUGGAGAUCUUUUAACAACCGCUGCUACUGCUGAAGCUGUAGGAUCGAGGUAUGUUGCUUCUUCUCAAAGCGCGGCUUCUCAAGCUGCAUCGAUUUUUCAUAAUGAAUUCACCACUUUGGACCCGAACAAAAUUCAACAUCAGAUCUUUCAAGGAUUAAAUUUGCUUUCCAAAUCCCUUGUUGGGAAGAUGCGGUUAAUUCAUGGUGCGAUUCAAACAGAGGCUGAUAAGAUUUCAGAUGAAAUGACGAAAAAAUUGGAACAGGUGGACAAAGAGAAUGAAAUCAAGUUGCAAAACUUUCAUAAAUUUGUCAAAUUGUUGUCAGAAAAGGCUGCAAGUAGCGAACAAGAGAUCAUGGCAUUUAUUAACAAUUCAGGAAAGUGA